AUGGAGUCGGAUGAGGACUUUAUGAGUAUCGCGUCUAGUGCCGAUGACUUUUUGGGCACCCAAGGGAGCGAUGAUGAUAGUCUAGGCGAAGAUUUCGGGGACGAUUUCGAUGGCGGCUUUUCCAAGGAUAAAGAUAUUAUAGCGACGUCUCGAAAGCCCUACGAGGUCGACUUUCGAGUCCUGAGCCCCGGUGAUAUUGAGCGAGAACAAAACCUACAGAUUAACGAGGUUUCCUCCAUCUUGGGUCUACCACCAGAGUCGUCAGCCAUUCUCUUACGAUAUGGACGGUGGAACCGGGAGAAACUAAUCGAAUCGUACAUGGACCACCCGGAGGAGACAUUAGAAGAGGCUGGCCUUGGGACGGAUUUCAAAGGCACACCAAAGACCGAAAAAGUACCGGGCUUCAUGUGCGAUAUCUGCUGCGAGGAUGGCGAUGACCUCGAGACGUAUGCAAUGCGUUGUGGUCAUCGUUUUUGCACCGGCUGCUACCGACAGUAUCUCGGACAGAAGAUUCGUGAGGAAGGAGAGGCAGCCCGGAUCGAGUGCCCGGGCGAUAGUUGUCAUAUGAUAGUGGACGCCAAAACCCUAAACCUCCUCGUUACGCGCGAUCUCAGAGAUAGGUACCAAACAUUACUGAUUCGGACCUAUGUUGAUGACAAUGAGAAUCUGAAAUGGUGCCCAGCUCCGAACUGUGAGUACGCGGUUGACUGUCCCACCAAGCAACGCGAUCUUCGUCGUAUCGUCCCUACAGUGCAAUGCUUUUGCAAGCACUACUUCUGUUUCGGCUGCACGCUGAAUGACCAUCAACCGUCGCCGUGCACGUUGGUGAAAAUGUGGCUCCAGAAAUGCGAAGAUGACUCGGAAACGGCCAACUGGAUCUCGGCGAAUACGAAGGAAUGCCCUCGAUGUCAUUCAACAAUAGAGAAGAACGGAGGAUGCAACCACAUGACGUGCCGGAAAUGCAAACAUGAGUUCUGCUGGAUGUGUAUGGGCCUAUGGUCCGAGCACGGCACCAGCUGGUAUAAUUGUAACCGUUAUGAGGAGAAGUCCGGCUCCGAGGCGCGUUCCGAACAGGCCAAAUCGCGAGCUUCGCUGGAGAGAUACCUUCACUACUACAACCGAUAUGCCAACCACGAGCAGUCGGCCAAGCUUGACAAGGAUUUGUAUCUCAAGACGGAGAAGAAGAUGACCAGCCUUCAGUCGCAGUCCGGUCUAUCGUGGAUCGAGGUGCAAUUCCUCGACACUGCAUCGCAGGCACUUCAGCAAUGCCGACAGACGCUGAAAUGGACCUAUGCCUUUGCCUAUUACCUUGCCCGAAAUAACCUGACUGAGAUCUUCGAGGAUAACCAGAAGGACCUCGAGCUUGCGGUGGAAAGUCUGAGCGAGAUGUUUGAAAAGCCGGUUCCGGAAUUGGCCAAUUUGAAGGUGGAUAUUCUGGACAAGACGGCAUAUUGUAACAAGCGACGGGUGAUUCUGUUGAGCGACACGGCCGAGAACCUGAAAAAUGGGGAAUGGUCUUUCAACGUGGAGUGGUAA